UAUCGAGUAAAUUAUGACGACGAUUAUUGGCAACGAAUAAUUACCUUCUUGAAAGGAAAAUCAUACCGAGAAAUGCAUGAAAUCAAUCGUGCCGCGAUUAUCGAUGAUUUAAUGAACUAUGGUAGAAAGGGCAUAGUUAAUUACGAUAUCGUUCUAUCCGCGACACAAUAUAUGGCCACUGAAUUUGAUUAUGUUCCAUGGAAGGCAUUCUUGACUGGAGCAACCCAUUUACGUAGACAUUUCGAAGGGAGAGACGCGUUUAAUGGUUUUAAGCAAUAUUUAACCGGACUUAUUGGUCCGAUAUAUGAUAAGUACGGAUUCACUGAUUUAUAUACCGACCCACAAGUAACAAUUCUGUUGAAAAUGCAAGUCCGCAAGUGGGCUUGUCAAGUUGGCAUCGGUGAUUGCAGAGAAAAGGCAUUAAUUAAAUACGGACAAGAAGCGGAUCGUCUUGGAAUGACCAGAGUUCAACCACAUUUACGUGCGGUCGCGUACUGUGAAGCAGCUAAACAAAAUGACAAUAAAACUUGGACACAUUUAUGGACGAGAUAUUUUGAAACAGACCUCGCCGCGGAUCAGCCGUUAAUCCUUCAAUCGUUAGCUUGUACAACCAAUGCGAAGUUCCUUAACGAGUAAGUCUAUAUAGUUCAGAGUUUCAUCUCUACAAAGUGAUUCGUAAAUAAAUGUUCACAGUUGAAAGAAUGGCUCAACAUAAGAACAAGAACAUCAUAUGAACAAACCUGUCGGACACAAGUUGAAAUAAUUAAACACAUUUCUUCAAUAUUUCUUUAUUCUACUGUCAAAACACUUGAUUAAUCCUUUAUAUCUGUCAUUUCAUAGAAUCA